AUGCGUGUAACCUCAGGCUAAAUUCAUAAGCACUACAUUCUCUGACCGAUAUUCGACUCCAAUCGUGAGGAUUGAUUCGCGUUUGCGAAAAUGGCUUCUUCCGCGCCGAAAGUCGCGCCACCUGAACGUCGGGAUCCUCUAGACGUUAUUGACAAACAGGCAGAUGAGAUCGUGGCACUUAUCAAAAAGAGCAAGCACUUCAUUAUUUUCACGGGUGCAGGCGUCUCGACUUCAGCCGGCAUUCCCGACUUUCGUGGACCAGAAGGUGCUUGGACACUGAGAGCUCAAGGGCGAGCUCGUACCGGAAAGGCUACGAGCACGCUUCAAGCCAUCCCGACACCGACGCAUAUGGCCUUGGUAGAGCUUCAGAAUCAAGGAGUUCUGAAGUAUCUUGUUAGUCAGAAUUGCGAUGGCUUGCAUCGAAGGAGUGGCAUCCUGCGGGAUCGCAUUUCGGAACUUCACGGUAACAGCAACCGGGAAUGCUGCAAAGACUGUGGCAAAGAGUACAUACGAGACUUCCGUGCUGUCGCCAGCUAUGAAAAAUCAGUGCAUGACCAUCGGACAGGUCGCAAGUGCAUUGCGUGCGGAGGGAACCUCCUUGACACCAUCGUCAACUUUGGAGAAUUCUUACCAGAGGAACCGCUCAAGCUUGCUCGAAGUCAUGCCAAGAAGGCUGAUCUUUGCAUUGCACUCGGGUCAUCCCUCAGCGUUCCUCCAGCGAGCGGCAUCCCCGAGACAUGCGGAAAGAGUCGAAAAAGCAAGCUUAUCAUCUGCAACCUACAAGAGACUUUCAUGGAAGGCAUUGCCGAUAUGCAUAUUUGGGCUGAGUCGGAUGUUUUGAUGACAAGAGUGAUGAAUAGGCUUGGAUACACCAUCCCAAGUUUCACCUUGAAGCGCCGGCUUGUGCUCAAGAUUGAGCGGGAUGCACACGCUCGUCAGGUUAUUGUAUUGACUUGCGUCGACGACGACGGUACUCCAGUCACAUAUCUCCAUUCUGUCAAGCUUGAGGACAGCAGACGUAUAGUAAGGUCUGAGCCCUUUUCAUUCGUCUUCCGAGAAGGUCUUAGUACUGGAGCCGAAGUCAAGUUUGCACUUGAGUUCAUGGGACAUUACAAUGAACCCAAUGUCGUUAUUGACUACAGUGUUCCUGAGGAAGAGGGCGCAGAGACGGUGUACGAUCUUUCAUAUGACCCAGGUACGGGGGAAUGGGUGAUCAUGCGAUGACAAGCGCAUUUUACGCUUGCUCCUUCACGAGCUCAUUAGCGCUACAUCUAAGCAUAACUUGGACUGCAAUUAAAACUUUGGUGGUUUUUGCAACCAACAAUCAACAACCAACAGCAUGUAACAUCAAGACGGUCGCUAGACCAGGAUGUGGCCCCUGCAUUUUGCCUGCAACCGACUUGGCAUAUCCACAAUGCAUUCAAACGACCUCGGGCCAUUUAUUCACGACUUUCAUUUAAGGGAUAGCUUUCCACCGC